UGUCGUUAAUGCAACGAAAACACAAACAAUAAUAAUGACAAGUUUUACGAAUGCAGAUGUUUUGUGAAUGUAGAAUAUGUCAUUUAGAUGUGAUUUUGGGAGGUCAUGGCUAAUACAGUCAAUUAGAGCUCAUUAACGGUCUGUUUUUCUGUUGCUUUUUCUCAUCUUAAACAUGUUAUUGUGUCCAAACACAAACUCCUGGUGAAGCAGCUGAGAUCCACGUCGUGACCCUAUUAUAAAAAUGGCGUUUAUUAAAGAGGAGAGUGAAGACAUGAAGGUUGAAGAAACAUUCAGAGUCAAACAAGAAGAUAUAGAGGAACAAACAGAGCAGAAGACACUAAAAGAGGAGAUUCAAGAACUGAAUGAAUUGGAAGAAAAAAAUCAGUAUGAACUGAAACAUGAUUUCAUUACUGGAGAAAAAUACAUACAGACAGAAAAGCCUUCAUCACAAAAAGGAGCUCUGAAUACAGAAUAUAACAAAUGUUUCACCUGCCGUCAGUGUGGAAAGACCUUCACUAAAAAACCAAACCUCAAUGUUCACAUGAGAGUCCACACCGGAGAGAAACCUUUCACCUGCCAGCAAUGUGGAAAAGGUUUCACUCAAAGAGGAAACCUGAAAGUCCACAUGAAUACUCACACUGGUGAGAAGCCAUUCUCAUGUGAUCAGUGUGGAAAGAAAUUCAAACGUAAAGUAAACCUUACUUGCCAUAUGGGAAUUCAUUCAAAAGUGGACCGUAUUAAAUGUCAUGAGUGUGGAAAGAGUUUCAGUCAUAAAGUAAACCUCAAGAAUCACAUGAGACUUCACACUGGAGAGAAUCCUUACAUGUGUGUUCAGUGCGGAAUGAAUUUCAGAUAUAAAUCAGCCCUUAAUUCCCACUUGACAACUCACACUGGACAGAGUCCUUACACCUGCAAACUGUGUGGGAAGAGCUUCACACGAGAAGUAAACCUCAAGUAUCACAUGAAUAUUCACACUGGAGAGAAGCCAUUCACAUGUGAUCAGUGUGGAAAGAGUUUCAGACGUAAAGUAACUCUUAGUCAGCACACGAGGAUUCACUCAAGAGAGAACUCUUUUAAUUGUGAUCAGUGUGGAAAAAGUUACACAAGCAUGAAACGCCUAAACAGGCAUAUAGUAAGUCACUCUGCAGAGAAUGUUUUCAAAUGCCAGCAGUGUGGAAAAAGUUUCAGUCAUAAAAUAAGCCUUAAGGCUCACAUGAGACUUCACACUGGAGAGAAACCUUACACGUGCCCUCAGUGUGGACAACGUUUCAGUUAUAAACCAUCCCUUGAUUACCACAUAAGAGAUCACACUGGUGAAAGGCCUUAUAUAUGCAAACAGUGUGGAAAGAGCUUCUUACAAAAAGGAAAUCUGAAGACUCACAUGAUAAUUCACACCGGAGAGAAGCCUUUUAAAUGCCAGGACUGUGGAAGGUGUUUUAAUCGUAAAGUAAGCCUUAAGACUCACAUGAGAAUUCACACUGGAGAGAAGCCUUACACAUGUCCUCAAUGUAAAAAGUGUUUCUCAUAUCAAAGAGCCCUUCAACUUCAUUUGCAAGCACAUUCUGGAAAGAAACUGCAAAGUUCAGAGUGUGACAAAAAUUUGAAUUUGAAAAAUCACCCGUGCAUUCACUCUGGAAGAAGGCGAUUUAAUUGUGAUCUUUGUAAUAAGAAAUUUAUUUUGCCGUCACACUUACAGAUACACCUGAAAAGUCACACAGAAGUGAGACGCUAUUUGUGUUCCUUGUGUGGUAAGAGGUUUAAAUGGCACAGCAGUUUCAAAUGGCACCAGAAAAUACGGACCUGUGUGAAUAUAAGGCUCCGUUCACACCGUAGGUAAACGCAUGCCAUCAAGCACUGUCAAGAGCAUGCCAAGCCAACAGGUGGGCGAUAUAAUCUCAACCGUAAAGCCAUGUUGGCCAAUCAGAAGCCUGAAAAAGUUUCCAGUAGACAGAGAUAACAGCACUGGGUUCGACGUCACAAGCCAAAAAUGCCUGUUUCGCUGUCUACAUAACACUGCAACUGGAGUUUGAAAAUCUUCACCUUGGCAGGCGUUUUCAAAAAUGUUCAGUUUCAGUGACCCUCUGCCUGCGUCUGGAUGAACGGCCAAACCGCAAAUAAAAAGCUGUGGUUAUAAAAUUUAAUCGCGUUUGUGUGGACCGGGCCUAAUUUCACUUGUAUAGAGGUGUCAUUCCAUUUCAUGUAGGCUAUUGAUGCCUUGGGAUAAAAAUAUUAGUAAUAUUAAACUUCAGUCUUGCUGUGAAAUGCCACAAUGUCAAGGAAAGAUUGUAAAUAAAGGGACAUAAAAAAUGAAAUAAACACCGGACUGCAUUAUUUGAUUGAGCUUUAGUAAGAAAAUGCAAAGGUAAACAUGUUUUCAGUCUGGACUAUAUAAAGGGGAUAUUGGAUGCA